AUGCGCUUUGGCUUCUCUCUUGGGGAUAUACCCAGCAAACAUAUCCCGAAGCUAGCUAACAUCCUUCAGUUCCGACCAAAAGAGGAUCGUCAAGAUCAAGAACAGCGAAUCAAGACGACCAUCAAGACACUCCCUUCCAAACUGAAAGGUCCCGGGCGCUUGGUUCGUCUACUUUUUCAUCCUUGCAUCGACUCAUGUGAUUGGCACAAGGGCUUGAACCGUUGUGUCACUGAUGUCAUCCUUCAUCAUAUUCAGAUCGAGGUGGGAAUCCGCCUCAACAGUCUGGUUUCCCAUUCGGAGUUGCUGACUGAGGAGCAGAUCGAUCGCGUAUCUAGAUUGCGAGACCUACACGCUUUGUGGUUGGAGCACGACACAUUUGAAAAGACAUUCCUCGUUCCAUCCCACACCAUACCAUGGAGAUAUCAAGCCAGUAAAUGCGAUGCUUGUAUUCUCUCAUGCAUCGCCGGGAAUAUGCAAACCCUGUUAGACUUGCGGUGCAUCGUGAGAUCACGUGCGACCAACAAACAUGUUGCAAAGCAUGGGAAUCCUCGACUCCAAGUCUGGGUCGAUGCAUGGAUGCAUAGCAUGGUAACACACAUACAAAAUGUGACGGGCCAGCCAGUUCUGAUGGACUCACAGCUUGAGAAAAAUGAGCGGCAAGCUAUUGAGUUGAAGCGGCUGAGGUCCAAGAUUCACUCGCUAAAGAAGAAACUCCAAAACGCCGGUCCGCAUUGUCAAUCGGUGAAGACUUCUUUUGCGAAGUCAGUUCAGACGUUCGAAGCUGAUGAUGGAAUUGUUGAGGAUAACGGCGAAGAGAUUGUUCCCACAAAGCAAGCCAGACGGAAAGAGAUGGGCGAUCUUGACGAAGAUGGUGGGGACGCCGAUUUAGCAUCGGUGGACGCUUACACUGCUUUGAUGAGCGGCGAACACCUUCCCUCAACGCAGCUACCACGAACUCAGUACCGACGUCCGUAUAUUUCUGACGAACCUGAAUCCAGCCGCAGACCUCAGACGGCACUUCACGACGAGAAGGCAGCCCAAGAGCGAAAGCAGCAGACAGAAGAGGUCUAUGUACCUCCGAGACAGAACUGGAACAAACAACCCCCAGCGUAUCCUUCGGCUGCAGGCCGGCCACAGCGCCCGAUAGCGGCAUCAAGACGAGAGUCGUGGGAAAGUGUCAUCUUUGAUAGCAACUUCGUUGGAUCGGUCAUCACGAAUCAACUCAGUUUUGCGGCUAGACAAACCCAGCACCAGCAGCGGAAAUCAGCCGAACCAGCUAGUUCGCGGUAUACAUCAGAGCAGGCGCAAUACUCAACUCGUCGUGAGACCUUCUCGGGCGGAAAACCGCAACCCAGCCCAGCAGACGAAUACAUCAAUAUCCUGCCACCCUUCCGCGACGACGACCCUCGUGGUGAUGGCAAGGCCAAUAUUGCUUGGCAGGACUAUUCAUCGGCCACCAAGUCCUCACGGCCCAUCACGACCAUCAGAGAAAGAAACUCAUCUGCCAUCUCACCGAAGACACGCGAACCACAGCAUCGCUUCCCCGAGGUGAGAGGAAGAGACAAUGACAACCCAUCCAACACGACCCAGGGUUUCCUGCGCAUAUACUACGACAUCGCACGGGACCUCGGCCACGUGGACUUGAACAACACUAGGAAUACCAGCGGCCGCAACCGCCUAGCCAGUAGUACGCUCGGCAUAUCCGAGGGGAGCCGGGGUGCAAUGGUCCCUGAGGGACUGAAGACGCCCAAGCGAUUUGAUGGUCAAUUUCCUCGGGAGAAGAAUGGUGAGGGAAGUAACAAACCAGACGCAAAACACCUGGCGGCACACGCAAAGCCUGAUUCCGCUCGCGACAAGAUAAGCCGAGAAGACGAUGAUCGCAAGGCGAAAGACAAGACUCGAGAGUCCACGUCCGAGAAACGCCGACCUAGCACGCGUCCUUGCGACCAAGUAUCCACAGGCCAGCAGGAAGGCCACGUCAGAAACAAGGGCAACGGCCGCCUCUCACACCUCGCCCGCGUUGGCAACGACCUGGCCGCGCAGAUGCAGAGGGAAGACGAGCGCCAGGCGCAUGGCUCCACGCGAGUCAAAUCCGUCAGUGCCAACGCCGAUGGGCAGCCUCCCGAGCGACGCACCAGCAACUCCACGCGCCGUCGUGGGGAGCGGUCCAAACCAGCCGCAGGGCCAACCAUUGAGUCAGAUGCCACGACCUGGUCCGCUGGAUAUGGUGAGCAGUUGAGACAGAAGGGCGAUGUAAGUUGGUUCUAUCAUUCUCAGGCUCAGGCAUAG